UAAAAAGUAAAAACUGAAGAAACAUUGCUUCCUCUGCCUUUGCUUGCGUGACAAAAAGGGAUUGGCACUUUGUACCCUGUUUGUUGCUCAGUCUUGUCCUCUAAUCUCGGAGCUCCAUUUUCUCCUUCAGUUUCAGUCUCAGAUCUAACACCCCAAUCCAUCAUUUCCGUUUUCUUAGUCUGAGAUAUUUCAUAGCAUAGUCCAACCACUCAACGUUUGCAACUUUUCACAACUUGUUGGUUUUAACAACAAAAACCACUCACCCCACGAUUCUUUGUCCAAUUGGGUGUCAGAUUAUAGCGAUGAUGUUCCAGGAAAACGGGAAUGGGGAAAUGGGGUUGUCGGCAAUCCCCUUGGGAGCAAAGAACAAGUACAGGAGGAUGGACUCUCAGCUUCCUGAGGAUAACGAUGAUGAUGUUCUGCACCAACAGCAACGAGAAGAUAAGAGGAACAGCACCAGGAAAUAUGUGAUUGCAUGUGCUAUCUUUGCUUCUCUCAACAAUGUCCUUCUUGGCUAUGAUGUAGGAGUGAUGAGCGGAGCAGUACUAUAUAUUAAAAAAGAUCUGAAGAUAUCCGAGUUUCAGGUUGAGUUUUUGAUUGGUAUUCUGAGCAUUGUUUCUCUACUGGGUAGCUUGGCUGGUGGAAGAACAGCGGAUAUUAUUGGUAGAAAAUGGACAAUGGGCUUAGCUGCAAUUAUCUUCCAAAUGGGUGGACUCACAAUGACUUUUGCUCCUUCAUAUGCAAUACUAAUGGUCGGAAGAUUUCUAGCUGGGAUUGGAAUAGGGUUUGGAGUUAUGAUCUCCCCUAUCUACAUCGCUGAGAUCUCACCAAACCUCACUAGAGGCUCUCUCACUACCUUCCCUGAGAUUUUUAUAAAUGUAGGAAUCUUGCUUGGUUAUGUAUCAAAUUACGCGUUUUCUGGCUUUUCGCCACACAUAAGCUGGAGAAUAAUGCUUGGUGUGGGAAUUUGGCCCUCAGUGUUCAUUGCCGUUGCUCUUUUCAUUAUUCCUGAGUCCCCAAGGUGGUUGGUAAUGCAGAACCGAAUUGAUGAAGCUAGAUCAGUGCUGUUGAAAACAAAUGAAGAUGAGAAAGAAGUGGAGGAGAGGCUUGCAGAAAUACAACAGGCUGCUGAAUUUUCCAAUUCUGAUAAGUAUGAGGAGAAACCAGUAUGGCGUGAACUGCUAUCUCCUUCUCCGGCACUUCGCAAGAUGCUGAUUACUGGACUCGGGAUCCAAUGUUUUCAACAGAUCUCGGGAAUUGAUGCAACUGUGUAUUACAGUCCUGAAAUUUUGCAAGCUGCUGGGAUUGAGGAUGAUUCAAAACUUUUAGCUGCAACUGUUGCUGUAGGUGUAGCAAAAACCAUUUUUAUUUUGGUAGCCAUAGUUCUCAUUGACAAAGUAGGUAGAAGGCCCCUUCUCUUGACAAGCACAAUUGGCAUGACAGUUUGUUUGUUCAGCAUGGGGGCUACUCUUGCUUUGUUUGGAAAAGGGUCGAUUACGAUUGCAUUAGGUAUUCUUUUUGUUUGUGGGAAUGUAGCAUUCUUUUCAGUUGGACUAGGUCCUGUGUGCUGGGUUUUGACAUCUGAAAUCUUCCCUUUGCGAGUGCGCUCUCAAGCAUCUGCGCUUGGAGCUGUGGCUAAUAGGGUCUGCAGCGGCAUUGUAGCCAUGUCUUACCUGUCUAUAUCUGAGGCAAUUACUUUUCCUGGAACAUUCUUUUUGUUUUCUGCUAUUUCUGCUCUUGCCAUUGUCUUUGUCUUCACACUUGUACCUGAAACCAAAGGGAAGUCAUUGGAGCAGAUAGAGAUGAUGUUUCAGAAUGAACACGGGAAUCUAGAAAAGGAAAUGGAGCUAGGAGAUGGGGAACAACUUGUGCAGAAGCAGCUGAACAAAACUGAGUUAACAAAUUAAGUUAUCACCCCUCGUCUUUCGAUGACUAUGAUAGGUGUCAUGACCCUGAUGAUUUUGUCAUUGCAUAGCUACACAUACUUCAUUUGUUAAGGCUUUAUGAAUCUUGUGAUUCCGGGGAGGACUUUACUGGCAUGGAUGGAUAUGAUCUUCUGCAGCCAGAGAAUUUGAGAUCUGUGAGUAAGGGACAUAGAAGCCUUUGAGACAAAUUGCAUUCUCACAGUAUACACAAACUUUUCCUAGCUGUACAAUUAUUCUAUUUGUUUAGUUUCAUUUAAGACAAUAAUAACAUUGUAUAUGGAAGGAGAUUUUUGGUGGAGAUAAUCUUGUCUCCAUAUGGUCUUAUGAGAUGUUCUGGGACAAUUGAUAGUACCAUCACUCCAUGAGGGAUGUAAUUAAUAUGAAAUUCUUUAACAGAUUAUAUUCUUUCAAUUCUAGUGUUUGAAUUGUCAUCA